AAGGCGGUCUUUUCCUCUCUCGAACUUUUUGAGAAACAUAACCUCAAAAAACUUUGUGUAAAUAGAAUUUUGCUAGCUGAAAAUUAGCAUUUAGUUUGUAAUUAUCAUUCACAAUUAUGACAAAUAGAACGGAAAAAUCGAAAAAUUUACCAUGGGUCGAAAAAUACCGGCCAGCUCAAUUAGACGAUCUCAUAUCACACGAAGAAAUUAUAAGAACGAUAAACAAAUUCAUAGAAGAAAAUCAGUUACCUCAUCUUUUGUUGUACGGACCGCCAGGUACUGGAAAAACAAGUACAAUUUUGGCAUGUGCUCGAAAAUUGUAUACACCUGCUCAGUUCAACUCAAUGGUCCUUGAAUUGAAUGCUUCCGACGACAGAGGAAUCGGAAUUGUCAGGGGACAAAUUCUAAGCUUCGCCAGUACCGGAACUAUUUAUCGGUCCGGAUAUAAACUCAUUAUUCUAGACGAAGCCGAUGCCAUGACUAAUGAUGCUCAAAAUGCCCUCAGAAGAAUUAUCGAAAAGUAUACGGAAAAUGUGCGUUUUUGCAUUAUUUGCAAUUAUCUCAGUAAAAUAAUACCUGCUCUUCAAUCACGUUGCACGAAAUUCAGAUUCGGUCCAUUGGCACCUGAACAAAUCUUACCGAGAUUGGAAUACGUCAUUGAGCAAGAAAAAUUAGAUGUAACGGAGGAUGGAAAAAAAGCAUUGAUGACUUUGAGUGGCGGUGAUAUGAGAAAAGUAAUUAACGUACUUCAAAGUACAUCACUUGCUCUGGGUUGCGUGACAGAGGAAAAUGUUUACACUUGCGUUGGUCAUCCCCUGCCAGUCGAUAUAAAAAAUAUCUUAGCUUGGCUACUGAACGAAUCCUAUCAACUUGCUUAUUGCAAGAUACAAGACCUCAAGAUGAGAAAAGGUUUGGCUCUUCAGGAUAUUCUUACAGAGCUGCAUAUUUUUGUCAAUAAGAUUGAAUUCCCAGAACCAGUAUUGAUCGAUCUCAUAAUAAAGUUGGCAGAAAUUGAAAAAAGACUAGUCCUCGGAUCCAGUGAAGCAGUUCAAUUGAAUGCUCUCGUUUCUGCUUUUCGAGGACCACGUGAAAUUGAAGCACCAUAAUUUAUCACACUUGCCUACUAAUUUACUCAAAGUAUAAAUGUCUUCGUCUUAAUUUAACACUUAGAAAUAAAAUUUCUCUAUAAGUACUCUAUCAUGAAUUUAUAUUUUUAUACACUUUUUUAAAAGUAAAAACUCGAGAAUAAAUUAAUUUUAAAAAAUA